AAAGAGGAAUUUACGGAAGAACAAUAACCGUGGAGUCGCAGAUAGGGGGAGGAGGGACACUUGUUUAAGAACGGAGAGGUCAUGUCGCCUUGCUGCCCAUGGAGAAGGAAAAAGAGAAGACGAAGGCAGGAGUCCCGUUCGAAAAUUUCCUUCUGAGAACAAAAUAACUAAAUAGAUAACCUAAAGACAUGCUCGGCUAGUGAAGAUGAGCGGAAUGCUAAUCGUUAUGUAAACGGGAGACCUAUUCUGGUGACUCGUUUUUUUGUUAACGUUACACUGCUGGAUAUCUGGCGUAUUUUUCACAUUUUACUGUGUUUUACAAGGCCAAAGAUUUAACUCUCUUAUCAAGACGAAGGGAAACGAACAUUUUUAUUUCACUUUUAUGCACUGGUCUUCCUGUCAGGUAUAUGUUCGCCAGUCUUCCCGGCUGUGUGUGGACUUUUUAUUUUCGGAUUUGAGCCUGGAAUCUACUUUGAUCAAAAAGAACUUCUCGCGAUGAUGUGGCAUCAGUUUAUUAAUCUUUUUUCUGAAGGCACGUGGAAUUUUUAUACCGUUUGGGAAGGUGGCUACUCCGCCCCUUUGUUUUCUGUUUCUUUUCAGUGUCCCACACACUGAGGGCAUUUGAUAACAUGGACCGAAAUAAGUAGGUCGCUCGAGAUUUUAGGAGAUCUGUUGAUUUCUCGGAGUGACAGACAGAGGCUCAAGAUGAUGUUUACUUAGGCGAGUACAUUGUAGCUUUUCUGUUGUUUUUUUUUUUCUCUGAUUCCGUUUUUGCACUUUUCUCCUGCUUAGGAUGGAAUCCAGCACAGUGCCGCGCAAUGAGCCAUUGCUCCAUGAGCUGACAAAUCCGAAUGCACCGGGGAUCUGUAACGAAAUGUUGGACGUAGCCCAGGAAGCAUUUCAGGCUGGGAACUACGAGCUGGCCGCUGAGAUCUAUGGUUCCCAACUAGUGGACUUGGCAGAGCCUGAUCGGGGACUGUGUCUGCGUAAAGGGGACGCGCUAGCCAGGGCUGGCAGAGUCGCCGAAGCUCUGGACUCAUACCGCUGCGCUGCUGGAGUAAACCGAUUGCGGCCAGAAGAGUUUCGAUUACUCGUGGAGAGUAUUGCGCAGAACCUACGGGACAAGGAGCUUAAGCUACCUCCCCCGGAGCGCUGUAGCAACGACACUGGGGAUGGUGAAUUAGAACGUUUUACCAGCCUUCCGGACAGCGAGGACUCAAUGGACAUGUUUUCCUGCCGUUUGUGUCGGCAGCUGUUGACAGACCCAACGACACUGCAGUGUGGCCACACAUACUGCAAACGGUGCCUAGAGAGCGAGGAGAUGAGUGACUGUAGAUUGUGCAAGCACAAACUGAGCAAAAAAGUUUCAAAAAUAUGCUCCAUGGGCUUCCGAGCUAACGUGCUUCUCUGUGGUUUGAUGGACAAGUGGUUUGAGAAGGAGAGCAGAGCACGCCGGUGCUGUCUUGAGGGAGAUGUUCUGUGCCGGAAGCUGCAGGACUUCACUGGUGCUCUCGCAAAGUACAACCAUGCAGUUGAUCUAGUUCCUUCUAACUACAUUGCAGUAUGUCAGCGUGGUGAACUACACUUAACAAUGAAAAAUUACAACCAAGCUGUACAAGAUGGUGAAAAUGCAUGCAAGUUAAAACCGUUGUGGCCCAAGGCACACUAUUUGAAGGCCACUGCACUGAACAAAAUGGGCAGAUGUGAAGAGGCCUUGAAAGAGUUUUUAUUUUGUGCAGCUCUCAGACCAGACUGGAGCUCUGUUAAACUCGAAGCACAAAAGAAUCUUUGUGAAAUGUUUUCUUCAGUGUUUGAGAAUGACAGAUUGCCAGUCUCUCGCCCUACCCUAUCAUCCUAUAUGCGCCUGAAAUCUUCUGUGGUAUCCACUGAGGAGGAACUGAAUGCUGAAUGCUCUGAGGUAUCUACAUUUGCAGUGUUCAAGAGUGGUUCCUGUGAGAACAGCAGAUAUAGCAGUAUUGAUACAUUAAAGCCCACACAAUCUGUCAAUAAACUGCAGCUUUGUUUUGAUGAUACAAAGGCACUGGGCUCUAUCCUUCCUUGUCUUCCUGAACCAAGUCGCAAAAGAAAAUGUUUUAAUGACUGUGAAGUACCCUGUAAAAUGCUCAAGCAAGAUGAAAAUUGCUCAGACCAAAAAAUAUCACGAGAUGUUUCCUUGGAACUUGUUGACUCAUCUGAUCUGGAGUGCUCUCUCUGUAUGAGGUUAUUUUAUGAGCCAGUUGCAACUCCCUGUGGCCACACGUUUUGUUUGAAAUGUCUUGAACGUUGCCUUGACCACAAUCCUUACUGUCCACUGUGCAAGGAGAAUCUUUCAGAGUAUUUGGCUACCAGAGCUUACAACAAGACCUUUCUGACUGAAGAGAUAAUCAAUCGUUACCUAUCAGAAGAGCUGACUGAAAGAAAAAAAAUAUAUGAUGAAGAAAUGAAAGAGCUGUCAAACUUAAAUAAAGAAGUUCCCAUAUUUGUUUGUACAAUGGCUUUUCCUACAAUCCCUUGUCCUCUGCAUGUCUUUGAACCACGAUACCGCUUGAUGAUCCGAAGAUGCAUGGAAACUGGCACCAGACAAUUUGGAAUGUGCAUUGCAGAUGAGUUGAAAGGAUUUGCUGAUUAUGGUUGCAUGUUAGAAGUUCGAGAUGUGAAAUUCUUUCCAGAUGGGCGAUCUGUUGUUGACACGAUUGGAGUUUCCCGAUUUAAAGUUUUAAGCCACAGUCAACGGGAUGGAUACAAUACUGCCAAGAUUGAAUAUUUGGAAGACAGGAAGACUGAAGGUGAAGAAUAUGCUGAGCUGGUUCGCCUGCACGACUCUGUGUAUGAUCAAGCCAUCUCAUGGUUUACCUCUUUAAAGGAUGCAAUGAAGAAUCAAAUACUCAGCCACUUUGGGCCCAUGCCAGUAAAAGAGUCAGACCCACAAGCUAGCCCCAGUGGACCUGCCUGGUGCUGGUGGUUAUUGGCAGUACUCCCAUUAGAAAACCGUGCACAGCUAACUAUUUUGGCAAUGACUUCUUUAAAGGAUCGGCUGAUUGCUGUAAGGCGUGUCUUAAUUUUUGUCACAAGAAAAAGACCUCGGUGACAACAGGAUACCUUUGGGUCAGAAUGAUACAAGAUUCUUUGCUUGAAGGGUUAAAGGACACAUAGAAAUCAAAAAAUAAAAGGAUUUUCAUAGCUUUAUUUCUUAGUUUUCAUAUUCAGCCUUGUGCCUGAUCACUGUUACAGACCUGAUCUUAUUUUACUAAGCUGACUUAAGGACCAGAGCACCCUAAGUGGCCUAUUUUGACAUACAGAAAUGCAUGUCAUCUGGUAAUGAUUGUUACUGAUGCAAGACCUGGGCAAUGGAUGUAUGCAACAGUUAUUCAUCUUAUUUUCAGAUGCUGCACUAUUUUUGGUUCUUGGUAGCUUUUCUUCAUUACAUUACCCUGUGGAGCCUGUCAUACCCUGAAAGGCAUAUUAGUGCUUCCAGAAUCAAUACCAAACACUGUUUGCAUAAAUGAGAAAUGUUAGGUAAGUAUUGUACUGUCUUAAGCAAAGGCAGAGUUAUUGAAAUCUAUAGACUGAUUUUCAGUAAGGAAGCACGUGUUUAAACGUUGGGACUUUUUUGUAUAUUAUGUAACUCCAGCCAGCAUGCAGAAAUUUUUACUUGUACUUUUUCCAUAAUGUUUUGUUUUUGUGACUUUUAUGAACUGUCUUACUGUAUGUGAUUAACAUUAGCUGCAUUAUAAAAAAUAGUUCCUAUUCAAAAUUAAUUCAUUGCGAUGUGAUUGUUUAGUCUUUAUACUCUUCCUCCCUCUCACUGUCUCAGGCAUCCUCCUUACUGUGACUAAGUAGCAAUACUGCAUUGUGCUGUGUUUUUCCAUCUUAUUUGGUUAGGUUUUGCAACAAAAGGCCUGUUUACUAAAGAAAGUCAUUUUUUUUUUUUAUAGGAUUCAUUAAUGGGGAUGUAAAGUGCUCUGCAGUAAAUUUGCAUUUUCAGUGGUGAAUUAUGUUUAAAAGUACUGCCAGUAUUAAACUACAGACUGAGACAGUGCUGAUAGGCUUGCUAUCUUUUGGUCUAAUAAAUUCACAACUAAACUCCAAUUGGAAAGAGAAUUAUAAAGGAAAAUGUUACAUUCUAGUUUUGUUUCAAUUCAAGUUUUCAGUAUUGUUUUUAUCUCCGUUUUCUAAAUAUUUUAUUGAUGAAAACCUUACAAAGCACGAGUGUUGUCUUCCACCCUAGAAAAUAUAUUGUCAAAUGGUGUUUGCCAAAACGAGGUAUGUAUUGAAUUCACUUUAAAAUCUAGAAGAUAUUUUAGGGGAACAUUCAUCUAACAUCUCAUGUCAUUUCAGCAAACUUUAUUCAACUGUAUUUAUAUAAACUGCAUAUAAACAGUGCCAUUUGGAUGCGGUAUUGAGCAGAGUUAAUCCUAAAAAAUGUUGUGAUCAAAUGCAAUUUAAAAUUUAGAUUUGAAUUGACAAAUAAUUGAGGAUCAGAUUUAAUUAAUAUGGUAACAUUUUUGGAUUAAUUGCAGCUCUGUUUUUCUUAUUUCAGUGAUCCGAAUAACCACUUUUGAUUACGUCAUCAUUAUGAAAAAUACUGAAUUAAUACUGAAUGAAUUAAUGCAACUUUAUUAUUUGAUAUUUAUUUUGCUGAUGAUCAUCCAUUUUUCACUGUUAAUGUACAAUUGCUCAGUCUAAUAACUUGCCAAUUGUAUGUGAAAUAUAUGAAAAGAAAACAUUCCUGCACAUUUUCCUAAUUUUGACAUAUUAAUAAAUAAAAGCAAAUUUAGCAACAGCUUUAUUAAGGCAAAUGAUGAAAGAAACAAGGCUAGUUUUUAAGCUAAAGUAGUCUUAACUGUUUUCUUUCUCUCUCAUUCAUCCACUCUCUCUGUCUCUUGCCUUCCUCACACAAUGUAACAUUGAGCGGCACGAUCGCAGCCAUCAGUUCUUCCAGUGUUUGAAGGAAACCUUACAUAGCACUAUAACAACAAAGAGCAAAAGAAUUACAAACGUUACACAGUCAACCCUGUUUAACAUAGGGAUCACUUAACUUAAAAUGACACUAUGGGUCUCGCAUGUAAAUAACAGACAUGUUUUUAGUAAUAUUACCUGAGCAUUGUACCAACAUAUGCAAUAGACUUCCAAGGUGAACCACAUCUACCAUGGUAAAUCGUAGGCAAAGGGAAGUUAGAUCCACAUCUUCAGGACAAGGGCUGAGCCCCAUAAAGGUUAGAGAGGGAGUCUAGGUUGGGGAUUCACCUUGAAAACAAAUCUGUGGAUUUUGGUGUUUUUCAAUUAAUCAAACACUUGCCUAAACCACUGCCACUUUAUAAAAACUGAAAAUGUAAGCUGAUCUGAGGCCUUUUAUGAACUGGAAUCAAGUGGUAGACAUGAUAUAAUGAUGAACAAACAGAUUACAACAAGGGAUGAAAACGUAAAAUGUUUGAAAAAUGCUUGUUAUCUUCUUUUAAAUUCUAUGUUUACUAUCGCUACACUGUGACAUCUUGUUUUUUUAAUUUCCAAUUCUGUAUUCUUAAAAAUCCAAAUCCAAUUGACAUGAUGUGUGUGAAGAACUUGUGUGAUUUGUUUUAAUCUCAUGAAACCAGACAAGUGUUUUUGGUUUUCUGUAAAUACAUUGUUUCUAAAUUUCUUUCUGUAUAUGUCAUCCUGUCUUCCUUCUAUUAACAAUUUAAUUGAAAGUAGUUUACCACACUGUUCUGGUGAUGUGGAAAUUCUCUGUUUUUGCAAUUGAAAGUCUUCAGUGUUCAGCUUAUUAAUGUAAUGUAUAGCUUCAUGUUACCCAGUUCAAAGAAACCAUUUUCUAAAAGACAUUUACAUAAGAGUAUCCGUUUUUAUUUUUAUGGGUUUGACACUAUUUAUUAUGUUUGUUGUUCCUACUGGUCAUGCUGUGAAUUACCUUGUGGUGAGGAAACCAAAGUAUGGCAGGCCUCAUAUGGUUCAAAUUAAGAGCAGUUUAUUACCUUUCUCUUUAAAUACUUCUUUAGUUUAUGUAUAUAUGAACUUGUUGGUCAGUGGCCAGUUUGUUUCUACCUCAUUAGGAUCUACACUCAUUAUUUUUUUCACCGUCUUUUGGAUUGCAUCUCUAUCUGAGGUGACCUACAAUUUUUAAAAAUUUUUUUUUUUUAUGUUGUCCAUUUAAGAUAUACUCACAGGAGAGUUAUCUUCAUAUCAGUAGUAACUAAUCUGUAUUUUCUUCCACUAUCUGAUUUAAUGUUAGUAUUUUAUAAAUGGUUAGUAGUUUAGUACUUUAUAAAUGGUUAGUAAUUUUUUUAACCUCACCUGGAGAUGCACCAUGAACAUGUAGUUAAUGUUCUAGUAAAGAGAGGAUAUUUUUCCCUGUAUUCACAUGGUAUAGGGUGGUCCAGAUCUAAUUAUGCAAUUUUCAUUACACUAUAACUUAUUAAGUUUAUUACAUAGAAAAUCAACUGAAAAAUCCCAGACCAUCGAGAAGUGUGCGAACUGACGACAUGAAGAAUCGUCUUUGCGCCGAACUGGACUCGUCCCCGCAUAAAUAAAAGUCACCCAGUUGAUAUGGACCACCCUCUAAAUCUGCCUUUCCAAUAAAGGUUCAUAAUCUUAACACAUGUAAAAUGUGUGAUCCUUUGCAAUAUGUUAAAGCAAGAGAAAAAUAACUUGUUUGUAAGUUUGUUGAAGAAAUCACCCCACAAAUUAGGCAGCUUUCCCAUCAUAGUAGUAAGGUCACUGCAAGGCCAAUGUCUUCUUUCAUCUUUCACUGGUACAUUGUCUAGCAGGUGUUUAAUGCAUCCAUCAGUUUUGGGAGCCAAGACUAGACUAGACAGCUAAACCCCUCAUUUUUCCACUCUGUGACUUCGCAGGGAAGUACAAGGAUGUUGGUUCAGGUCCAGGAGAAGCCAGUUUGUAGCAGGUGCAAUUUGAACAUAUUGCCCAAAAGCUUCUAAAAGUGUGUAUAUUGUGAUGAUGCAGGAGAAUGUAGGUGUAAUACCCAAAAUAAGUGACUUAAUUUUGGAUUUAGGGGGAACUAGAAUAUUGUGUUAUUUAUCUUAGUUACCCAGUAUGAACCUAAAGCUUACACUGUUGCAUAGAUCUGCAUAUAUUUCAUUUGUUAAUGCAUACAUUGUUUGAUUUUGAUUUAUAGCAUACAAAACAUCAUAGUAGCAAUUCCUUAAGCCUUAAAUUUAAGAAUGGGAGUUUCACACAGAAGCCAUUAAAAGAACUACUCAGAAAAUAAAAUUUGAAUUUGUUUUUUCGAUUAUGAGCAACAAAUAUGUGUGAAUGUGUUUUUUUUUUUAAAAGUGUAUUAGUGCUUCUAAAUGGCAUAAACCUGCAUUUCCUUUGUUUUUUUUUUUUGGCUUGGUUUUGUACUUAUAAAUGACAAAGAAAUUUUAAGUUUUCCCUUAUUUGCCAUUCAGUACCUUUUUCAGUUCAUAUGUGUCUGAUAACUGGAUCCUCACAGUUUUUGCUAGUUUUCCUUCUGUGGUGUGUGUUAAGGUGUUGGUAUUCACGGUUUUAUUUCCUUGGGUGGAUCUGCACAAUUAAAUGUAUAAUAGAGGCCUUCAUGUGUGUCUCUUCUGUGUUAACACUUUCUGCAUCUGUAGCCUGACCAACCGUCUAAAUUACUGGACAGUCUAUUGUGUUUUUGAUUCUCUUCACUAUUGUUUUAUUCUGAAAUACUCCAUGUAUCACUAUGCGUAUUUAUAUGAAAAUAAACCUACAUUAACUUAUGAUGUAUUUCAAAAUAAAAAAUGAUUUGGUGCUUUUAAUUAUUUUAUUUGUUGAAUUUGUACUGAAACUUAGUACCUAUAAUACUCUAUCUCCUUAAUUCAGUAGCCAUAAAACAUGUACCUAUGUUAAGCAAAGUGCCAGCUCAAACAUAAAUCAAAGAAUGCUGUUGUCAUGAGAUUUUUUUAUGACUAAAGAAAUGAGUGGGGCAUUUGCAAAAACAGCUUAGAGAUAUAAUUUAUAAUAAAACAAAUACAUACUAAAAGCUAUUUUGAUUCCAGUAUGCAGUAUUUAUUCAGUAGAUGGUUAGUGCUCUCAGAAUGCGAAUAGGUGCACUCAGUGCUUACCUCCAAAAAAUGCUGCUGUCAGUGACAGUCAGAGAAAGGACCAGUAGAUGAAAGUCAGUGGCAAGGGAGGAUUAAGGAAGGAGCAAGUAAGUAGCAGGAGGGUGUCUAGAUUUGACUGUGAGGCACUGGUAGAUAAAAAAAAAAAAACAACAAAAAAACA